CAAAAGUUUCGUAUGAUAAAAGCAAACGUCUCGAUUAUAAGCUGCUCUUUGGUUCAUAAUUGCGGAAUCAGUGAUUUUUGUGAUUUUAUUUUCCAAUUUGAUUGCAAAAUGUUAUUGAAAAUUAAUUUUAUAAAAGUGUAAACAUACUGCUCUUGGAAAGUCCUUCAAACGCUUAUAUAUAGUUGAUAUUUGGAGUGUUUAACGAGUGCUACGCAAAUUGAGACCUCGACGAGCCGCACCGUAUUAUCGAUUUAUGCAAGUAAUUUUUUCGUGUAUGGUCAUUUCACGGACAGAAAAAAUUAUAUUUCGUUGCGAAGCAUUCCACAUCAUCAAGACUGAAAAAAAAACGCAAACUUAUAAGAGUAUAAAAAAUUGUGCAUAGGCAGAUCGUUCAUGCAUUUUACAAUAGUACUAUAUUAAAUUAAGCGUUGGAUAUUUAUAUCUUGUUUGUGUGUUGACGGCAGGGCGCUGGGCAAGUGUAUAAACAUAUUUACACAUGAUAUAAUAAAAGAAGGUAGUUCCACUUCAUGAAUGAUGGUUCCACUUGACUUUUGGAGCAGUUAAUGGAAUUUAUAUGCACUUCGUGUAUUGUACUGGCCCCCGUUGCACCUACUAAGAGAGCAGUUAAAAUUUUUUAUUUGCCAUUUACAUUGUGGCGAUACUGAUUUCCGCGGAGAUAUUCUGCCGAGUAGAAUACCGGCGGCUACUCUGUGUACAAAAAAAAAAAAAAACAAACAAAAAAGUGAGAGUGAAGAUUGCAAUGGAGCAAGUUACACAAAGUAAACGCAGAUGUGGCACCCAAAGAUAUAAUUAUCUUGUAUUUGCUGUUGUGCUGACAAAUCUAUUCGCUGGAAGUUUGCAGGACUGCGUAUGGUAUGGCGUUUGCAACAGUGAUGCGUAUCAGCAUAAGCAAUAUUGUGUUUACAAUGGAACUGCGAAAGUUCUGCCUGCUGAUGGAUUGGAGCUACUUAAAGAAAGAUGCAGUCAUUUGCUCGACGGUGGCGUAACUGAGUUUUGUUGCGAUAGCGAACAGGUUACAAUACUGAACGAUAAUAUUAAAUUGGCUGCGAAUUUUCUCGAGCGCUGUCCGUCGUGUAUGGCAAAUCUUGUGCGUCAUUUAUGUGACUUUACGUGUUCACCCAAGCAAUCAGAGUUUACGAAAGUUGCUGAAACUGCUAUCUCAGCGAAUGGCAAAGUUUACGUUAAUGCAUUGGAUUUACAUAUAACUGCUGCAUACACAAAUAAUACGUACAAAUCAUGUUCACAGAUAUUUAUGUAUGUGAUCUUCUUAUGCAUUGGUUAUCUAGUAGGUGAUGGUUUGAUGAAUAGUGGUGGGCUUUGUAGCGCCACAGUUAACAACCGAUUUACUGGUGGACAAGUGAGUAACGAGUUUGCACCCGAGGAGGAUUCCCCACUUCAAUCACAACUGGCCAAUGAUGAAAAUGAAGUCGACGGUGCUCAGGUACAACUUGAUGAAUAUGAAAUUGGUUAUUUUGAAAAUCUCGGCGCUAAAACCGAAAAGUGUCUCGAAGCCUUUUUCACAGCUUGGGGCAAAUUCUUCGCUAAACGUCCAAAAAUUACGCUAAUCGGUGGCAUUUGUUUUGUCAUAGCCAUGGGUUAUGGUAUCAAGUUCCUGCAUAUCACUACCGAUCCAGUGCAAUUAUGGGCUUCGCCACAAUCAGAAUCACGUAUUGAACGGGAAUUUUUCGAUUCGCAUUUCCAGCCCUUCUAUCGCAUCGAGCAGAUUAUAAUCCACGCAGUCGAUUUGCCCGAUAUUAUGCACAACACCUCUAAUGGUCCACUACAUUUCGGUCCAGUUUUUGACAAAACUUUCCUCACGCAAGUACUCGAGUUGCAGGAAGAAAUUAUGAAUUUAGGACGGAAGGAAAAUGGCACAGUAUUGGAGGAUAUUUGCUUUUCGCCUUUGUCAAGCGAGGGAACAAAGAAGGAUAGUUCGCAGUGUAUUGUGCAAUCGAUUUGGGGAUAUUUUGGCAAUGAUGUCGAACGUUUGGAUGAAACCGAUGAGGAUGGCGAUUUCGAGAUAACUUACUUGGAUGGCUUGUAUCAAUGUACGCGGAAUCCGUACCUUUGUCUGGCCCCCUAUGGCGGACCAGUGGAUCCAGCUGUCGCCUUGGGUGGCUUUUUGCCGCCUGGUGAACAACUUUCCGGCGAUACGAAAUACGAGCGCGCAAAUGCCAUCAUUCUCACAUUCCUUGUUAACAAUUAUCAUGAUAAGAGCAAAUUGCGCCCUGCAUUGGAAUGGGAGCAACGUUAUGUGGAGUUUAUGUUGAAUUACACAAAAACUCGCAUGAGCAAACAUAUGGAUAUUGCUUUCACUUCGGAACGUUCGAUUGAGGAUGAAUUAAAUCGCGAGUCGCAGUCCGAUGUUAUGACAAUACUUGUUUCAUAUUUAAUCAUGUUCGCUUACAUUGCCAUUUCAUUGGGGCAUGUGCAGGAGAUACGUCGAGCGCUGAUCGAUAGUAAAAUUACAUUGGGUGUUGGUGGUGUAAUCAUUGUGUUGGCAUCCGUAGUGUCUUCGGUAGGCGUAUUCGGCUACAUUGGCGUACCAGCAACACUUAUUAUUGUCGAAGUUAUACCAUUUUUGGUUUUAGCUGUGGGAGUGGAUAAUAUCUUCAUAUUAGUGCAGACUUAUCAGCGCGAUGCACGUCGCGCCGAUGAAACACACGAGGAUCAUAUUGGUCGCAUUUUAGGUCGCGUUGGCCCAUCAAUGUUGCUGACUUCGGUUAGUGAAAGCUGCUGUUUCUUCCUUGGCGGACUCUCCGAUAUGCCUGCGGUGAGGGCUUUCGCUUUGUAUGCUGGCAUGGCGCUGCUCUUCGACUUCUUACUACAAAUUACCUGUUUCGUCAGUCUACUAACACUCGACACCAAGCGGCAAGCUGAAAAUAGAUUGGAUAUUUUCUGCUUUAUACGUGGCAAGAAAAGCGACGCUCUACCAAACACUGAGGGUCUACUGUACAAGUUCUUUAAAAGUGUUUAUGUACCAUUCCUAAUGCAAAAGACUAUGCGUGUCAUUGUUAUGAUUGUCUUCUUUGGUUGGCUAUGCAGCAGUGUUGCUAUAGCGCCACGCAUUGAGAUCGGUCUCGAUCAGGAGCUGUCAAUGCCGCAAGAUAGUUUUGUGCUACACUAUUUCAAAGCGCUUAACAAAUACUUGAGUAUUGGACCACCGGUUUACUUCGUUUUGUCAUCCGGCCUGGACUUUUCCAAAACAUUCCAUCAAAAUCUCGUUUGUUCCGGGAAAUUUUGCAAUGAUGACAGUGUACUAACGCAGGUUUACCUAGCCAGUCGUCGUGCAAAUGUGACCUACAUUGCGCGUCCUGGCUCCAGUUGGAUUGAUGACUAUUUUGAUUGGAGUCAAUCGUCAAGUUGCUGCAAAUAUUUUCCCGAAACUGGCGAUUUUUGUCCACAUCAGAACACUGCCUGCUCCAGCUGUGUAAUCAACAAAACUGAAAUGCAACGUCCUACAGCGCAUGAUUUUGGCAAAUAUCUAACUUACUUCCUACGCGAUAAUCCUGACGAUAGUUGUGCUAAAGCUGGUCACGCUGCUUACGGCAAUGCUGUACAAUAUAAAACUAAUCCAAGUACAAAUUUGUCAACCGUCGAAGCAUCCUAUUUCAUGGCUUACCAUUCCAUAUUGAAAACAUCAGCUGACUACUAUGAAGCGUUACGUGCCGCACGCAAAAUCUCCGCCAAUGUAACAAAUAUGUUGCGUGGCCGCUUAAUGUCACAAGGCGUGCCGCUCGAACAAGCGCUUGAUGUCGAAGUAUUUCCAUAUUCGGUGUUUUACGUAUUCUACGAACAGUAUUUAACUAUGUGGCCUGACACACUACAAAGCAUGGGCAUUUCAGUGCUGGCGAUAUUCAUUGUCACUUUUGUUUUAAUGGGUUUCGAUAUACACUCAUCGUUGGUGGUGGUCAUAACGAUAACAAUGAUUGUUAUAAAUCUCGGUGGCAUUAUGUAUUAUUGGAAUAUUUCGUUGAAUGCUGUAUCGCUGGUGAAUCUGGUAAUGGCUGUUGGUAUCUCGGUAGAGUUUUGCUCGCAUCUGGUGCACAGUUUCUCAAUUUCAAUGGAGAAAACACGUGAGAAGCGCGCAGCGGAUUGCCUCACUAAAAUGGGCAGCUCCAUAUUCUCUGGCAUUACGCUGACUAAAUUCGGCGGUAUUUUGGUUUUGGCUUUUGCCAAAAGUCAAAUUUUUCAAGUAUUUUAUUUCCGUAUGUAUUUGGGCAUUGUUUUGAUUGGUGCUGCUCACGGACUCAUAUUCCUGCCGGUGCUUCUCAGCUAUAUUGGCGCUCCCAUUAACAGAGCCAAGCUGGUCAAUUAUCAACGACAGGCGUAUAAAGUGCAAGAAACAUCACUAUCUACGACGUGAUGCGAUUCGAUAAUUUACCAAAGAUAUGAAUGUCCAUCAAGUCCAAAAAACAUCAUCCAAUCAACACAAUCAACAAGUUUAUUAGCAUUUUUUCAUCAAUAUAUAAGUAGGGCGUGUCUCGAUGGCGCAGCGGUGGAAGUAUGAGUAGCGUAACGGAUUCUGAUAUGAAAAUCAAUAGCAUCGUCGUCGCCAGUCAAAAAAGAUGGAAAAUGCCAACGGAGAAGAGUGGAGAAGCAGAAGCGAAACUUUAUUUGCACUUGUAACAGUUCAGGAUAUAUAUAAAAUAUAGGGUACAAAGGAAAUAUGUAUAUGUAAAUGUAUGUAUGAUUUUUUAUCUAAUUUAUCAUCGAAAGCGAAUGUAACAAAAGAAAAAAAAACAACGUAUAUGUAGUAGAUGAGAAAGACAGAACGAACCGACAAUUUUUCAUAGUAAUUUUCACAAUUAGCUGAUCGAGUGAAGAUGUUCGUAAAAAAGGCUCUUGUAAAAGAAAGCAACAAGCACCAAUAUUUACCAGCCUAAAUCGAACUCUGUGAUAAACUUAGAUACAGGAAAUAAAUGACAACACACAAAAAAAAAGCAAGAAUAAAUAAAUAAAACCAUAUUUGUAUUAAACAAAGAAAAAAUCAGAUAUACAACAUUUCCAUAGACUGGUGAACUGAAUAGCUUUUGCUGGAAACUACAAUGUGUCACUGAGUUUAGAAAGCCUCUAAUAUUUUUUUGUUUGGCAUAUUUAUUUACACACAUACAUACAUAAUAAUAAUAGUGCAUUUUUUAAUGUACAUUGUCUACAAACAUAGCAUACACUUAGCAUUUAUAAAAAUUGUUUUUUCGAAUAUUGCUUUGAAGCGAAUGGAAAUUAAUAUUUAACACGUCUCCUUUUUGGCAUGUUUAUGAAAUUUUGUACACAAGUAUGUUUAUUAUUUUUGUAUACAUUUUAGCUUACUAUAUUUACCUAUUUUAGUGUACUGCAAUUUCAGAAAGGCCUUAGAACUUUUUCCGUUGUAGGUUAAAUGCACUUAAUUUCAUUCUAAUAAAAAGCGCAUGCAAUAUUAGCUGAAGAUGCGUGGUAAUCGACUUUAUUAUCUUUUUAAACCGUUAUUCGAUAGACUGAGUUUUUAGUUUCUAUGUAGCUUUCAUAUUCGAACAU